GUUGUCUAUUUCACAAAGUUCGCUCUCGUUCCCGCAUGAUGGUUGGAUUCAAAGUUUUAGUGUUAUUCCUAAGUUUAGGACUUAUUUGUUUUAGCUCCGCACUAUCUUUUACUUCAAAUAUCCAAGAGGAUGCCACUCUCACUGCAAUUGAAUUGAUCGAAAAGUACGGAUACAGUGCAGAAAAGCAUCAUGUUAUUACCGAGGAUGGUUACAUCCUCGAAAUGCAUCGUAUAAGUGGAAGUGGAGUUAGCCCAACUGCUGAUGGAAAACCAAUUGUCUUUCUGAUGCAUGGACUCUUAUCAUGUUCUGUUGAUUUUAUCGUCAUGGGUCCAGGCAACGGUUUGGGAUACAUCCUGGCAGAUUCUGGAUAUGAUGUAUGGAUGGGCAACGCCCGUAGUAACACCUAUUCCAAAAAUCAUACAACAAUUACACACUCGUCUAAAAAAUCUUUUUAUGAUUUUUCUUGGCAUGAAAUCGGUUAUUACGAUUUACCUGCUAUGAUUGACUACGUCCUGGAGCAAACUAACAAAGAAAAGCUUUUUUACAUUGGAUUUAGUCAAGGUACCACUGCUUUCUGGGUGAUGAAUUCUUUAAGAACCGAAUACAACGACAAAAUCAAAGCAAUGAUCGCAUUGGCUCCUGUAGCAUAUACGAAACACGUUAGGAGUCCACUCAUUAAACUCCUUGCGUAUUCCUCUUAUCCAACAUCCGUAUUAAUGAAUCUUGUGGGUCUGCAUGAGUUUAUGCCUUCCUCUUCGCUGACAACCGUGGCUGGGCAGACUUUCUGCAAUGACGACACCUGGACCCAGUUUAUGUGCUCAAAUCUUCUUUUCCUAAUUGCGGGAUUCAAUAAAGAGCAACUGAAUACGACGGCUAUGCCUGUGAUUUUUGCACACACACCAGCAGGAGCCUCGACACGCCAGAUAUUUCACUAUACUCAAGGUAUUACUUCUGGUAGAUUUAGGCAGUAUGAUCAUGGGACCUUGAAGAAUCUCAAAGUAUACCAUUCGCUGACACCACCUAACUAUGAUUUGAGUCUGGUAACAACGCCAGUUCAUCUGAUUUACGGUAACAACGAUUGGCUUGCUGGCGUUCGUGAUGUCAAAAAACUUUAUGGUAAACUUGGAAAUCCUGUUGAACUCAUUAAUGUUGAAGAUUCUAAAUGGAAUCAUCUCGACUUUAUGUAUGGUAUCGAUGCGUAUCAGUAUAUUUAUAAACCAAUAUUGUCAAUUUUAUCGAAGAAUUACAAUGAUUAAAUUCACUUAUUCACACGAAAAUUACAUC